GCCGCGGUGUCUGUCUUGUCACCGGCGCAAGCGGGACCCAGUCUGUGUGUGCUCCCUCAUGCUGCUGCCUGUCUCAGCUGUCGGUGCUGACCACUGCCAUUGCCGCCGCUGAGAUGAUGAGCAGCAACACCACCUCCUCCUCCCCGGCAAAGCCUGCAGGAACUAGCCCUCUAACGCUGAGCCCAAAACACCGGGAUCACGUCGCUUCUUUGGGGCCUGCAACCCAGCUUAUCAUCAGGGAUGUUGGAGAAAUACAUUCUCGACUGCUGGAUCACCGGCCAGUCAUUCAGGGUGAAACCCGGUACUUCAUUAAGGAGUUUGAGGAAAAACGUGGACAUAGAGAAAUGAGAGUUCUUGAAAAUUUGAAAAGCAGCGUUUCUGAAACCAAUGAUCAUAUUCUUCCAAGAUGUUCAGAUGUAAUGCAAGACAAGCUGGGCUGGGUGCUUAAAACUUUGGAAACCGCCAAUCAUACCAUCCACAAGCUGCAGCAGCAAGAGCAGGAAAAUGCAAAGAGUAUUGCAGCAAAAGUUGGGAAUGAGAAGAUUCGAUCCCAGUGGGGCGCAUUCAUGAAGGAGCAAGAACAGAGGCGGCUGACAGUUGAUGAAGAGCACAGUAGGGCGGUGCUGCGACUAAAGGAACAGUAUGGACAGAUGAAAAGAGAGCUCUCAAAAACAGUCUCCUUUUAAGAACUUUCUUAUGCAUAUCAUCAAAUCUGCCUUCUGAUAUGUAUUUACCAGCUUACCAUUCAGUUAUGUCAUAUUACAGAAUAGUAGUAGGCUUCCAUUAUCUCAUUUUUCAGGCAUCUGAGGCUGAUCGGGCGAUGGACUGAGAAUAAAGGACAAGUGGUCCACCACUGGCCUGUGAGCUCUGUGGCCAGAGACAUAACCGUCAAAAAAACUACAUUACCGCUACCAAAUUCUGUUUGUUAGAGAUCAUAUCAUUUUUUAAUGAUUGUUUACUUGUUUAGGCUUGCCUGGAUCAGUAAUGUUUGGAAUUAAUCCUUUCUGUACAAACAUCAACUGUACAUUCAAUAGCAAUAUUCAUCUUCCAUUGUACCUUUUUAAAUCAUUCAGCAAUAAAAUAACAAGUUACAGCAAA